CGGGCCCAGCCGGGCUCUUCCAGCCCCCCGCUCCGUGCCUGCGGCCGGGCCCGCCUCCCCCAGGCCGCGGCGGGCGGGAGCCCCCGGCCGCCCCCGGCAUCGGUGUUGCGUUAUCCGGGAAGGCCCGGCCGCCCGGGCGGGAAGCGCGCUGCCCCCUCGCUGGCCGCCCCCUCGCUCGCCGCUUCUCCUUUCUCGGCGCGGCGCUGCCCGGGGGGUUUCUGCUCCGUGUGUGCCCGACCUGACCCGGGACGGGACGGCCCUGCCGGCAAGGGACCCCCGACCUGCCCCGGGCUGGGGCUCGGCAGGAGCGGUGGCCGUUUCCCACGGUGAAUCAGCGCGUUAGGGUUAGGGCUGGUUCUGCGCCUUAAGCUUGCUUUAGGCCGUCAGUCUGCUCCAGCCGAGGUGUACUUUAUUUCCUCCUCCUUUUUGAUUUACUUUACUCCUGCCUUUCAGGCGCUAAGCGUUAUUCCUCAUUUGCUAGGGAUGGCUUUUAACCUCGGCUGUCACAAGUGCUGGUCAGCCUCCGGAGCGGCGCUGGCCCGGGUUUGGCGUGAGGCACAACCCGCCCGGGCUGGGGUUGUCCCUGGCAGGUGAGAUCCCCCCUCCCCAUCGGACCAGAGGUGAGAAGAGGUCUCAGUCCUGUCUGUGCUGGGGCUGCGCCUGGCAUGAGAGAGGUGAGGGGGAAGAGGGCUGCUCCUUCCAGCGGCGCCCACCCUUGUGCUGCAGUACAUGAAUUAUCAAACCGCCCGCAGAGAAUGUUUUUGCUGUCGUUUUAAACGGAUCAGCACAGGCUGCUCUGGGAAGCCACGGGCCUUCGUUCCUCUUCCCAGAGCUUCUUCCUGACAUCUCCUGUGGGCAGCUGCGCAGUGAGCGGGCUCCAGGAGCUGACCUCUGAAAAUUACCCAGAUCCUCUCCUUCUUCUCUCUCCUUCCCCAGGGAGCGAAAGGGAACGGGGAAGGUGCAGCUGCGGGGAGGUAGCUCUGCCCUUCUCUGCCAGACUGGCUGUGUGCUGUGCUAAAGGGAACGCACAGCCGCAACCUCAGACAGUGGUUCCUCCAGUCAGUCUUUCCGCAACCACGCUCCCCUGAACAGCUUCGCCUCCUCAUUUUUGCCACUGCACCGCUGCCUUAGUUUUGCUGAUGCUGCUCCUUUUGUGGGGCUGUGCGAUCAGCAGUACAAUUCAUGCUAAAACCAAAACAUUAAAAAACCAGAGAUGACUGUCUUUCUGUAGAAACGUGUCCUGGGUUCAGAAGCGAUCAAACAAAAUGCUUUGAAGAAGUCUUUAAAAAAAGGUCUUUUCCCCUAGUCUUUGGGCAUUGCUUUGCACUGUACUUGGUAAGAGAGCGCUGGAAGGAUUCUGUGUUUUGUUUUAGCUAGUACAGUGCCUGAUACAAUCUUCUGUAGGAGUUAAACUUGUUUUUGUAAGGGUGGCAUCUCUCGUGUCAUGGCAUGUCUCCACUCUCCUUUUCCCUGGACAGCAGAUGUGCUGUAGUCAUCCUUACUGUUGUCCUGGGGCCCUGCGCUAGCCCGUGUUCUGCCGUAUGUUCUUGGUUCAGCCAAGAAAAUGCUUUUCAAACUUCUCUUUUGGUUUCAUCAGUCUUUUUUAGUGUAGAUAAAUUACUAGACUGAGCCUUGGAAAGAGACAACUGAAUUCAAAGACAAGCAACUUGUAGAUCCCCCCACGUGGUGACGUAUGCGUGGGUGAAAGGACGGUGCCCUAUCCUGCAGUUUCACUUCACCUCUGGUUCUGCAGAUGAGGUUUUACAGUGAAUAAGAGUGUUUCGGCUCCAUCAUGAGUUUGUGUACCAAACCCACAAUUUUUAAAAAUAGAACACACAAAAAAAUCCCUCGCUUAUAUUUAGGGUCAACUUUUUAUGCAGAAAAGAUUUGAGGUGGUUCCUUUUAGUUCUGCUUUCUCUUUCUGGUUAACUCGAUGGCGUGAAGUACAUGGGAAGGGCUCCCCCCUCCCCGUUUUCUGUUUCUCUGAAAGCUGGUUUGUUGAAGUCUGGAAUUUUGAUGAUUUCUUCAUAACGUUGCAUGGUUUCUGACUUGUGCGCGUACAGUUGAAAGGGUUGCGUUGUACUUGGGUAGUCGCUUGAGCUGUUUUCAGUCACUGGUGGGUAGAAGCUGCCGCUUUGGUAGACGGUGGCUGUGCCAUCGUUACUGUCGGCUGGAGCAAAAUACUGAUUUGUUUGAUAAUUAUAAAAGCCUUGGGCUCUCAACACUAAAUAAGUUCUAAAAUUUCAGUAUUGGGUUAAAAGAUCAAACAGUGUAGAUAUACUCUAAGUUACGUAGGCAGUAAAAAAUCCAGAGUGUAGAGUUAGUGGAUAUCAAUACGUGCACAGAAUUAAUCUGAAGGCUCAGAGCAGAUAGGGCUGGUGACGCAGACUGGGUUGGCUCCCUCGGCAGCGACGGGCCAGGACUGCCUGAGGAGCACCUGCACAAUCCGUAAACCUGACGUUCAGCCGUGGAGGGCCAGGAUGCCGUUUAACUUGCAAUUUUCCUACUCUUUGCCAGAAGAUGGUUUCUUGGAAUCAUGUUUCCGUAAAGUGGCUUCUCAGCAACUGUACUGGCUUCUGGAAGUAUAAUUGCUCAAGUUUGACCAAUGAAAUAAUACGGAAAAUAUUUAUCUCCUCUUGCUGAUUAAUUGUUAUCAUAAAAUGCAUAACAUUUGCCACCUUUACCUCAGUGGGAAUAAUUCCAGAGAACGUAAUUUGUAAUCUGCAGGGCUAGGUAACAGCCCUGACUUUGUUACUGCUUUGCUAGCCGUGCAUUCUGUUGUUUUUUAAAAAUAGGAUUUUUGGAUGCUAGCCUGAAUUCACGUAGCUCAGUCUGUUUGCCGCUCAGCUGUGGUAACGUAGCAGUGGGUCUCUGCUCCUAGCGUGCGGCCUGCGCGUUGAGACGUGAGUUGAGCAAAGAUACACAGAGGUCCUGCUCAGGUUCUGUAAAGAUUGACUAGAAUGUGCUUGAAAAACAGUAUUUCCUGUAUUUCUUUUCUGCCCCCCCCCCUUUUUUUUAAAAAAAUCCCCCCUAUUCUACAGAACAUUUCCAUUGUUUUUAACAGCCUGUGUUGGUAAUCUGUAUAACUUCUGAGUGUCAAGUCUGAGCCUGGACCACGUGAUCUGUUGGAAAACGCCAUCCUAGGAAUUCUUGCACAGAUUGACUCAGAUUUCUGUUGUGAUGAAUAGUCAGUGACAAACUAGUGGAUUUUCCAGGAAACGCAACUGCAAACUGUCUGGCUUCUGCGUAAGGGUAUUCGGAAACCUUGUGAAGAUCCAGUGUUUUAUCAUGAAGCAAAUGAGUGAAAUCAUCUUCCUGGAAUCUGUGGUCAUUCGGGCUUUGGAUUGUGGUAAAACCUAAAAGUUCCUUGUAAGAAAUUCUGGUAAAGGUCAUAAUCAAGUUUGUUCUUGGUACGUGGUGGUGGCAGGAUGCAUGGGGAUGGGUCACAAGCUGGUGGCUGCCUGUUGGCAUGAGGGACCCGGCGUUCCUCUGGGGUGAGACCAGCCACCCUGGCUCUGUCCUGACAGCAAAUCCGACUCCUGCGAGUAGGAUUUGCAGACCAGAAUGUUUUCUGUCGGGUUUGGGGAUGUCGUUCAGUCCCUUGCUCAUCGAUUCCUGGAUCUGAUGGGAGUUGCUGUUACUAGUUGUGCUGAAAGGUGGUUUUGUCAUGUGGACGAACUCCUACUAGGGGUUAUUGCGUGACUUGAUGAAUUUGCAUGCAUGAAGCUUCCAGAGAAGAAAAGAUGCCGUUUGCUUCUUGUCACCCGCCUGAAGCAUGACUGUUAGCAGUAAAUUGGUUUCUUCCGUAAGUGACUUCAAAGGAAUUAAAUUUGUUCUGAAGUUUCUUUUUAAAGAAUGAGCUUCCUGCUGUUCCCCUUACCGUUACUUUGGAGUUUGUAAGAGAAGUCUCGACCUUCUUUUAGUACUUGUGCAGAACGCAAGUGGCAUUGUUGUAGAGGGUUACCUAAUGCUUCUCAUUUGUGGUUCUCGGCUUGUACCUGUUGAAACGCAGUCGAUCCUUUGGUAGGUCAUUCUGGUGCUAUGACUUCAUUGCUUUUGCUAGGACUUGCAUUCAGGCCCUUUGUGUGUUGUAGAUCUUUUUUUUUUUUUUUUUUUUUUUAUUUUUGAGGGGUUGAAGCAUUUCUCUGUUUUGCUAAGGAACUUCUAGAGUAGUAUGAUUUUUAAAACAUCUUUACCUGAAAUAGAAACAACUAAUCUUUAGCCCAGCUGAGAACUAAGCUAGGCAUGAAAGUGACUGUUGGCCGUGGCAAAGCUGAUGCGUGUGUGAUAAAGGUAAUUCAGAAGUGAUUGAUUACAAGGAUAGCUGGUACCACAGCGGCACUGCCAGACAUCUGAUUUGUGGCUGUUCGGCAAAGUUCACAUCCUCAGUUUCUUCAGCUUUCCAGCCUGUUUCCUCUCCUGUGUUCCUGUUCUGAUGAGAGAGUCAUUUCCCCUCAUCUCACCUGCCAGUUCGGGGAAGGAGCUGACGUUAAGAUCUGUUCUCCCACCUUUUCCUUGUGUUUUUCUGUUUCUAGAUUCGGCUUCGGUGUUUCAGCUGGGAUUAUGGAAAGGGAAAGGCAUUCUUGCCGUUGUGGAUCCUUACAAUAUAUUGGCCCUGGCUGCAUCUCACUCUUUACCUACUUGGAGGUUGUUUGUGGGAAAUAAGGGCUCUGUCAUACAGAAUGUCUCCCAUGUUUCUUUUCACAGAUCAUCAUGGCUUCUUCUAGCCCCAUUGCUCACCCCUCCUGUUCCCGUGAUCACAGCCUCGCCUUGUUCCCUUUGUCCAGAAGGAGCACACAGGUUCCAGUGGAUCAGAAAUCUGGUUCCAGAGUUUGGGAUCUCCAGCUCGCAUGUCAAGGUGCUUUCAUCGCCAGCUGAAUUCUAUGAACUCUUGAAGGUGCAGAUAAAAACAGCCCAACGGCGAGUGGUGAUGGCUUCGCUAUACCUGGGAACGGGGCUCCUCGAACAGGAGCUGGUGGAUUGCUUAGAAGAAACACUGGAGAAAUCACUGCAAGCAAAACAAUCGUCUAACCUCAGAGUUUCCAUUCUUCUUGACUACACCAGGGGAUCUCGGGGUAGGAAGAAUUCUCGAACAAUGCUAAUUCCAUUGCUGCAGCGAUUCCCCGAGCAAGUCCGCGUGUCCCUCUUCCACACCCCAAACCUGCGUGGACUUCUCAGGCUCCUGAUUCCAGAGCGUUUUAAUGAGACCAUUGGACUGCAGCACAUCAAGGUCUAUCUCUUUGAUGAUAAUGUCAUCCUGAGUGGCGCAAACCUGAGUGAUUUGUACUUCACCAAUCGUCAGGACCGCUAUGUUCUCCUGCAGGACUCUCCUGAGAUUGCAGACUUCUUCACGGAGCUAGUGGAUGCAAUUGGAGAUCUGUCUCUGCAAUUACAGCGAGAUGAUACAGUCCGCAUGGUGGAGGGGAUGGUACACCCGUACCAAGGUAGAGACAAGAUGGCUUAUUGCGAGAUAGCAAAUCGGAGAGUCAUGGAGGUAAUCAACUCUGCCAGGACACGGCAAGAACUCCUUCACGCAAAGACUUUCCACAGCAGCCAGCAAGGCAGCUCCUCGUUAUCCCAGCAAGGCUCUCAAGCAUCUGGGGGUCUGAGGCCAGAACCUGACACCUGGAUCUAUCCCUUAAUCCAAAUGAAACCUUUUGGGAUUCAAAUAGAUGAGAUGGUGACAGAGACGCUGCUGACAGAGGCUGAACGGGAUGCCAGGAUAUACCUUACCACUGGCUACUUCAACCUGACACAGGCUUACAUGGACCUCAUUCUGGGCACUAGGGCUGAGUAUCGGAUUCUUCUGGCCUCACCGGAGGUGAAUGGGUUUUUUGGUGCCAAAGGGGUGGCAGGCGCCAUCCCUGCUGCCUAUGUUUACAUUGAACACCAGUUUUACAGUGAGGUCUGCUACCUUCACCAACAGGAGAGGGUCCAGCUGCAGGAGUACUCCAGGGCUGGGUGGACUUUCCAUGCCAAAGGCCUCUGGCUGUACCUGGCAGGAAGCGAUCUUCCCUGCCUAACUCUGAUCGGCUCUCCUAAUUUUGGGUAUCGAUCAGUUCAUCGGGACUUGGAAGCUCAGGUUGCGAUAGUGACAGAAAAUAAAGCUUUGCAGCAGCAACUCCAUCAGGAGCAGGAGCAGCUUUACCUCAGCUCAGGUGUAGUCUCAUCAUCAACAUUUGAGCAGCCAAGUCGUUAUGUGAAACUGUGGGUGAAGCUGGUAACACCUCUGAUCAAGAAUUUCUUUUGAAAGAAGAAAAGUUGCUGCUUUGGGUUAAAGGUCCAGACAUAGGUGGGACCUCGCAUCCGUGUCUUAUAGACAGGACAUUCAUAGACGUUCUUGGUGUCCAUGCGGUCCACAGGGAUGGCUCUGAUGAAGAUGACUGGCAUCAUGGGCGUCAAUUCCUUCAGUCGAGCGUCUGUGAUCACACCAGAGUGGAUGUCCCAUCGAGCGCCUGCAAUAUUACAAAAUUGUCAGGGUACCAGCUACCCAGUGGCUUUUGCUCUUGGAGGGGGCUGUUUCAUAACUACUGAUGGGUGGGGAGGAGUUGCUCUAGCAGCACAGCUGAGGGAUGGAGUGUGAAGGUUGGGUAGCCAUGGCUUAGUAGUCGUUAGGGCUAACAUGUUAUCAUCUCACUGUGACUCAUGAAUGCAUUUUGCCUUACUGUGUGUGGGAUGUCUCAAUAAAUUCUGUCCCCACUCAUCCCUUCAGCAUGGGUUUGCAUGAAGGUUGCAUAGCUGAAGGUGGGAAUUACGAUCGCUGUCCUGCAUGGGCUGUGCUCUUGUUGACGUGGACCCCCUUGCUGCUCCGCUGAUACUGCCAUCUCAUUCCCCCUUGGUUUUUAGCAGUAAUUGUUUUAGGUUCCGAGUUUCCUGAUUUGUCUUAUUCAGACAUCAAAUAAGAGCGUAAUAUGUUUAUUCACUAGGACCCUGUAGGUUCAGACAACCCAGUCCUCAGGUUCAUAAUAUGCAGUCUGAAUUUCCAAAAACCAGUUUCUGGUUUGCGGAACUGCUUGUGAACUGGACGGGUGCUGCCCUCAGCUGGCGUGUCUCUGACACAGGCGUGGGAUAAACGCUCCGCUGCUCGGAGCUUGUGCAAAAGCUGUACAAAUUCAAAUAAGCCCAUACAAAUUCAAAUAACACCUACUCUGUUUGCAAGAAUUCUUAAGGUUGAACUGGGCUUUCUCCGUGUCUGAAACAUCUCGCAAGAGAUGUGGACUUUUACCUUCCAUGAAUAAUCCAUGCACAUAGGAGCCUUCUCUGGGUGGAGCUGUUACAUCCUCGCGGUUUUUCUUGGUCACUUCCACUGAAAGACACAUCUUGUCCAGUGGCCAUUCGUUUUUUCUGGCCAUGGACUGCAUGAUAGCGGUGAGGAAGGACUGGGGGUUGAAGAAUCCUGCCAGCCACACUGUUGCAGGCAGCACAAAGUCUGUUGUCCAGACUUCCAGUUCCUGGAAAAUAAAACAGCAAAGUACUUCAGAGUGAGGCAUGGCCUUUGAGCAGCAGAAUACUGCUUUGAGAAACAAUGUGACGGAGAGCUGAUGCUUCACUGUGCCCAACACGAGCUUCAGGUCAUCUUCCAGGUGGGGAGACUAGGAUGGAGGUGGUCUGUGAUGAAUAAAUAGCAGAUUCCACUGCAGCAAUGAAACUAAAACCAUUAAUUUGGAUUGUGGUAAAUACUGCUGUUAUUUUUUUUUAAACAAAGCCACACUUUAAAUAGAUGGUUUUAUUAACUAUUUUUUUCUUGUGCGAUGUAUAAAGUUCUGAUGGGGAUAGCUAAUGUUCUUUUGAAUCGGUGACAUACUCUAAUGGUGAACCCUUUUCAAACUUCUGCUCUUGUUCUUGGGGUAACAGGCCAUUUCAGGCGUUUCAAACUGCUUAAAGUAAUACUCAAAAAUAAACCAGUUAACCACUGUACACUGAUGGAGGUGAUUCCCAGUCUUCUGUGGUAUCUGCUUGCUCCCUAAGCUUCAACUUUCACAAGAAAUCUGCUCACCCUAACGCGAAGGAGCAGGUCUGCAUACCAGGCUCCUAAGCUAAGAAGAGAGGGAUAGGCGUGACGUGUCCAGGGUUCAGGAACGUUGUCGUAGAAGAGAGCGUUUGCCAGCUCUUCCAUAUCUGAUGUAAUCGUUAGCUCUCCCUUAAAGAAAGAGAAAAGUCUGGGCAGUUUUAUCUGUGGAAGGCAAGACCGAUGGAAGCGUUUGGUCUCAAACUCAGUACAGAGGUGGCGGCUGGUGCCCUCUGGCCAGGGGCGCGAGCGAGGGCAGUCGAGUGCUUUGUGCGAGACAAGGUUUGAAACGAGCAACAGCCAUUUGCAAAUCAUGGGAAAUGAUUUGGUAGGGAGGGGCGCUUUCCAGGCAGCGCCCUGAAGCGUACCUUUAGUCCCAGGUCUAACUCUUUCAGAGAGCGCCUGAUUUCAUGGGUCAGGAUGUUCAUUCUUUCACAUUCCUGGAAGGCAACUACAACAUACGGGGUCUUGUCCACCGCUUUUGCCAUGAUCUCCACCAUGUUGAACGGCUCCGGCAGCCUCUCGAUAAUCUCAUCUAGGACUGACUUCACCUGGAAAGAAUAUGCCAUAGAACUGCUUUUAUCAAAGGAAACAUGCUGCAAGCUAACAGUUAAUUAACUUAGUAAGAUUUUUCUUUUUCUACCUUCAUGUUUUCCUCUGCUUCCUCCUCUAUUACUAAUACUCUAUUCUUUUACUAACUGCCCUUGGAUCUGAAAAAGCUGCAGCUCUUUUCUGGUAGCCAAGAAGGUAAGAAUUGAAGCCACGGAGGCUGUGAAAUUCAAGUGUAAAAUCCAGAGAGUCAGGAGGAAGACUUUUUUUAAAAAAAUAAUAAAAGAUCUGUAUUUUUAGUUGCCAUCAUGAAUGGAAGCUACUAAGCCUGCUCUGUCUGCUGAGGACGCAGCACGUGAGCACGUUUUGGCACUGGCACAUCUCUGCCCCACCAGAAUAACCUUUGUGAACGCUGCUGACUUCUGCAGCUGCACCGCGUGUGCCCAUGAAAAACACGACAAAACUGCUGCAUUUCAGCCCCUUCUCUGUGUGUGACCUAUAUCGGUCCUCCCCGCCUAGCCGUCUCCUGGCCGCUGAAUUGCCACUGCGUGCUGUGAAGCAGCAGAAACUUUACUGGCCUUUUCCUCUCGGGAGACACCCGCGCCUCCUCCAGCGUCUGAUUCUUUGGGCUGCAUUUCCAAAACGGUCCGGAAAAGCCUGUCCGAAGUGACGGUCAGGAAGCCAAUUUCUGCGUUGGGGUGAAGGCCGUACAGGUAGGGGCUCUCGGGUGGCAGGUUGUCAUCGAUGUACUCGUGGUACCCCUAAGCGCAGGGCAGGCACUGACGUUAGUUUAGCAGGUGGGUACAGAGGAACGCGAGUUUUGCUUCAGCCUUGAAAAUACGUCAUCACUUUUUGGUGGCGGCGCUUCAUAGCUAGCUGGCGUUGCUUAUUCAAGAUGGUUUUUUACUCGUGUUUUACCUAAAUUUUUCCUUUACCACCCCUGCCACAGGAAUUAUUUUUGCAGCAAUUCUGCAUGUUUUCAAUGGGAUCGAACCCCUUUUUGUCCCCUACGUUCCCCCUUGGUUAGUGUGAGGGAACUCUGACUAGUGUGCAUUUAUCCAGAGCAGUGGUUUUCCACAGCAAAUUGUAACAUCAAUCUUUCUUACCUUGUAAUCCAAGUUGGGAGGGAUCAAAAACCCUGGAGCUAAGUACACUUCCCCUUCCAGCAUCUCCUCACGGAUGUAUUCGCUCAGGUAAGUCCGACACAGCCGGCGGUCCCAGUCGUCUGUGAUGUGCCCUCCAUACAUGAUCUCACCGAAGAGGUACCGGAGAUCAUCCCACGGUACCUGCAAGGAGAGGCUCACCGUGGGGUGGUUCUGCCUGCCUCCCGAGAAGCUCCCGCAGCCCGGGGAAGCUGCACACGACUGGAGAGCCGUGGGGCCAUGGAGCAAUGGCUCCUGGGUUGACCUGUCCAGCGUCCAGGGAGGUGACAGACCCUGGACCUGCAGAGGCCCGGUGACAGAGUGAAGGGGGGCAAGAAGGGACCAUGUCCGGGGUGUCUCUUGCGUUCGCCCACAGAUUUCACCUUGUCUCGGUACAGACACAGCCGUCCAUACUCUGAACCCCCAUCAUCCCGUCUUUAUUCAGCUCAGCCUGUCUGUAAGGCCGGGGAAAGCCGGAUUCUCCUAAGGGUGAGAUCUCAAUCCUGCUCGCAGCACCUUCAUUCUCGGGGCAGACUUUGCCUUUUAGGUGGAAAGUCAUUUUUCAAACGACACCAACCCAACAAAGCAGCGAGGUGUGAGCCAGAGCAGGCACUUGUCCCAGCCUGGUGCUAAACGCCCGCUGAGGACUCUGCGCCUUCACCUGCCAGAGCGUGCAGGCAGCUCCCCAGGGAGGGAGGAAGAACUGUGCUGGCACCGCUGUGUUUGCUCAAAGAAGGCACCGUGCAGUAAACUGGUGAAUUUUCUAAAAGGGGUUGAUUGUCAUAGGGUGUGUUGCGCUGAGGUACGGUUACUUGCUUUGUAAGUCCUUACCUUGGGGUUAGCCUCCAGGUAGUUGUACAGGACGUUAAUCGAUAUGGUCAGGUCACCGUUGUUGAAGGGGUAAGGUCUGUUCCAGCCCUGAGCGCCAAACUUGCGCCGCUCGGCCACCACCGCGUGGAAGUAACAGAGCGCAAACAAGAUGCAUUUGAACUCGAUUUCUUUGCUGCACAUCUCUAACGUGUCCUGCAGUGGGAAUGAAAAAUGAGUGCGGGUUUGCAAGUGAAUGAGCAGAUGUUGCGAUCAGCCAUCUCCCUAUUGAAGAAAAUGGGUGAUGUACAGGAGAACUGACAGUUGUUUAUUAAAAAAACCCCCAAAAUCCAUAAAAUUGUCUUUUCAA